AGACUGUAUUGCCGUCAAUAUAACAGUUGAUACCAAACGUGUGGCGCUCUUGUAGUAACUGACUGUCAAUGUUAUGAAACGGUUGUGUUUUGUAUACAUUGUAUAGCAGUAGUUGUGGUCCAACACAACAACGCAUUCAUAACCAUAACAGGCAUUGCAUUGGUUUCAGUACUGUUUGUUUGCCAAUCAGUUUUAGUUGUCAUUUAGAAACUGAUUAUUACAUCCAUUGACAACUCCUUUAUCUGUUUGACCACCAAAUUCAUCACUACUUUCAUCCCAAACACAUCACAUAUCAUACCAGUGCCAGUGUUUUAACAGUUGUAUGUCAAUGUCUCAACAGUUAUGGCAAAUGAUCAGCAAUUGAAAGGCCUUUUAACUCAAGACAACUGUGCUCUGAGUGUGGACAUCAAGACAGAGCCCAUCAGUCACUACUAUGACGUCCAGACCCGACCUUUCGCCAGAGGCAAGUUUGCACAAGUGAGACGUUGUGUUCAUAAAGAGACAUCCCGUUCCUAUGCGGCCAAAACCAUCAAAAAGAGAAGGCGUGCCACUGAUGCCAGCCAUGAGAUUAUGCAUGAAAUACGAGUCCUAUUGACCACAAGUCAAAGUCCCAGAAUUGUCACUCUUCACGAAGUUUACGAAACUCCCACUGAAUUCAUACUUAUGCUCGAAAUGGCAGAAGGCGGUGAAUUGCAGCGGAUUCUCGAUGAAGACGACUCAGUCACUGAACACCAUUGCAGACGUAUUGUGCGACAAGUGGUCGAAGCGGUUCAAUAUUUACACCGAUUCAAUAUAGCACACCUCGAUAUUAAGCCUCAAAAUAUAUUACUGACGAACCCCUUUCCCGCGGGUGACAUAAAACUUUGUGAUUUCGGAAUAUCUAGGAUUUUGACCAAAGGUGCUGAGCUCAGGGAAAUCGUAGGAACGCCUGAUUAUGUCGCGCCAGAGAUACUUCAAUACGAACCGAUUAGUUUGGCAACUGAUAUGUGGAGUAUAGGUAUAUUGACAUAUGUGUUGUUGUCGGGUCACUCUCCUUUUGCCGGCGACACCAAACAGGAGACCUAUUGUAAUAUAACUAACGGUCCGCUAGAGUUCCCUUCAUAUCUGUUUAAUCAAGUUUCAGAAGAGGCCAAAGAUUUUAUACAACAACUACUCGUUAGAGAUCCUAACGGUCGAGUCAAUUGUCACGAUUGUCUUAAACAUGAAUGGCUAACAAACAAUACUGAGACAAACGGUUCAAUUAAUUUAUCCUUUCUCGAUGUCUACCGAUCCUAUAGAUGUAUCAAAUCUGAUAAAUUUGAUCUAAUUAUAGAUGAAAACUGUAUCACCAAUUGACACCAUUUUUACAGUUAUGUUAUUGUUUUGUUAAAUUCAAUAUAAAGUCUCUUAAAUCUAUAGUUAAAUUCUGAAAAUUAAACACAUUAUUAUUAUUAAAAAUUUUUUUAAUGAGUUGAGAUCUCAUUAGUAACAUUUUACGUUAAUUUAUAACCAAUCUAUUGUGCGAAUACAAUAUAUGUACAAUAUAUACGUAAAUAAUUGAUAUAACAUAUGAUAAAAAUAAGUGAUUGCUAUUUUUGAUCACCAAUGAUAACAUGGAUCAUUUUUUGUCGCCAAAUGCUAUCAUUAACUGAUAAUUAGUUAAAUCCCUUACCGAAAGCAACUAUUUAUAUCAUUUAUAACAUAUAUUUGAUUAUUAAUAUUAUAUAAUCUUAU